AGACAGACAGACAGACAGACAGACACACGUUUACAGACAUCGGCCAUUGGGACGUCUCAGGCUGAGUCCCCAUCACACCUUUUUUGGUCCCCCGGAGACCGCUGUUGACGUCCGACCACCUCGCGGAGGAAGAUAGACGGAGCAGGAAAAAGGACGCCGGACGCCGCUGGAUCUGCGCCGCGACGCAUCUGCGUAGCACGAAACCAGGAGCUGGGGAAGGCUGAAAAAGCCCGUUGCAUAAGCGUCCACCCAAAAUGCCGUUCACCUUUAACGGCAUCCUUUGCACGCUCGCGCUGCCGCUGCUGCUGUGGCGCGCGGAGGAGCUCGCGGAGGCGUGCAGCUGCGCCCCGGUGCACCCGCAACAGGCGUUCUGCAACGCCGACGUAGUGAUUCGGGCAAAGGUGGUGGGAGAGAGAGAGGUGAAUUCUGGGAAUGAUAUCUACGGGAACCCCAUCAAAAGGAUUCAAUAUGAUGUCAAACAGAUCAAGAUGUUCAAGGGACCUAACCAGGAUAUCGAGGCCGUCUUCACCGCCCCGGUGUCCGCUGUCUGUGGUGUUACCCUGGAUGUCAACGGCAAGAAGGAGUACUUGAUCUCAGGCAAGGCCGAGGCAGGUGGGCGCAUGCACGUGACCCUGUGCGAUUACAUCAUGCCCUGGGACUCUUUGAGCGCCACCCAGAAGAAGAGCCUCAGCCAGCGCUACCAGAUGGGCUGCGACUGCAAGAUUGUGCGCUGUCCCUCUCUGCCCUGUGAGAUCUCCGCUCCCGAGGAGUGUCUGUGGACGGACCUGAUGAUCGAGAAGCAGGUGCACGGUCGCCAGGCCAACCACUACGCCUGCGUGAAGAGGGCGGACGGCUCCUGCUCCUGGUACCGCGGCGUGGCGCCGCCCAAGAAGGAGUUCCUGGACGCCGAGGACCCUUAGUCACGCCGUGACGUCCCGCUGCACAGCCUGAUGGAAAAAAAAUGUAAACGAUUCAAAUGAAAAUCAAAGAAUUCGACAUCGGGCAAAAUGAUGAUUUUUUUUUUCUUAAUCUGUAAAAGGCAAAAAGCUAAUGUGACCAAAAUGACCUGCAGGUCUGAAAUUUACUUUGAGCCUCUUAUUGGUGUGGCUCAGAGGUCGUUCUCAGCCGCAGAGUCUCUGUAAAACUUAAAAUGGCAUCAUGAGACAUAGACUGGUCGAGUGAUGAUGUAACUUCCUUCUGAGGCUGGCGUCAGGAGGACAUAAAUUCUUGGAGAGACAGAGCACUUCCUGCCCCACAAAGCUCUUUAACAGCUCUGCUCCCCAUCAAUCAGUCUCACAGUCAUUCCUUAUCCCUCACGUUUCUACUUUUAUUACCUCAUUCUCAGUUUUAUUCCAAAGCAGAUUUCCAAGUUGCCUUUCUGUUUUUUUUUUCUUUUCUCUUUAAAAAAAAAUAUUGCUUCCCCUCUUAGUUACGCUUUCAUCAUCUCAUCUGCUUUAGCCUCUGAUGACAUCGCCCACAACAUGCUUUCUUUAGAAAGAGCAUGAAUCAUCUCCUCACACGGCUGAUGAUAUUUUCUGGUUUCAAAGGGUGAAAAUCUUUUCUCAUAGGGCUUUUUAGCUGAAGCCUGUGACUACCACAGGCCUCACUGGACCAGUCUAUGCUGCGUGAAGACGAGCACUCCAAAAUUAGAUCGAUGAAACUUUUCCUCACUGCCCUGCAGUGCAAUCAGAGACAUCCCUCACUCUUCCUCAUUCUUUCUCUUUAAAAAUCCAUUCUAUGUUAUGUAGCUGUACAGUAUCUAUGCAUAUACUUUUGUUGUUACUUGAUGAUUAUUAUUUACUGCAUUAGAACUAGAUUUGCACUUUUUGAGGAUGAGUUUUAGUAAAGACAAGAGCCUGAACACUCUGAUGUGACAGUAAUCAUUCAUCAAGACCGACAGAUCCACCUCAGGUGCAGAUUUCUUCUACUUUUGAGUGCUUUGGUGAUCCGUUUUCAUAAGCGUCAGCUAAUUCUUUCUGUAUUAGUCAUAAAACAUAGGGUAAUAUUUGCAGUGAAAGCUAAACUUAGUGGAUGCGUGAGAGGUUUCGAGAUAAAGGAUCUUUUUGCAGAUUUUAUGUGUGUAAGAGAAACAAGAGGAGCUUGAGGAAUGAUGUUUCAGUGUCUUUGUAUAAUCUGUUGAUUGUAAAUGCAAACAGCAGUUUCCUGAUAAUCAGAUGGUUCAUUUCAUGAGUAAUACGGUCUUCACGCGCUUAAUGUUAGCUUUGACUCGUCUUUCAAGUAAUUACAUGAAAGCUUUACCGCUGUACUAGAAAGCAAGUUAUUCAAUCAAAGUUUACAGUGCUGUUUUAUACACCUCAAGCUACAUUAACUAAAAAAAAUCUAUAUAUAAUGGAGUAUUAGAGGCAUAAUUUAAAAGUAAGCUCUUUCCAAUUUCCUUUACUUUGUAUUUUUUUUCAGUGUUAUAUUAUUAUACCUGUCAUGAUUUUUGUGUGUUUUCGCUGUGUUUGUCCCCAAUGUUUUUAGCAGUGCUGUCGAGAGGGUCCUCUUGCGCUGGAGUAACGUGAGAGGGGGCGAGAUUAGUCCUUUUCAGAGAGGUGUAGAGAAACGAGAAAUGGGUACUGUGUGUGAAUAGAGGACUGUGCAUGUGUUUGAUGCUUUAUUGUAAGUCCGGGCGAUGGACAAAAUAUUCAGUAUUAUCAAAUAAAAAAACUCAAGUUUGAAAGAG